UUGGCGUCUAUUUAAAAUCCACAACAAAAUAUGAGCCCGCCUGAAAUGAAAGAUUCCUCAGAAACAACAGUGGAUAGUUCAAGUCAUUUCCAGGCACAAAUUCUGAACUCUAUAUUGAAUGGAGAUAUUUCCGAUACCGGGGAGGAUUUGACGACUGAAACUAUCUCUAAAGGAAAGUUGAAGCAUGAAAUGCGAAUGUUACAAACGCGUUUUAUAAAUGACGCAGUAACACUACAAAAUACUAAAAAUCUCUCAAAAGCCAGAGAAGAUGAACUCAUGGAACAAAUUAAAACAUUGUCAAUUAGACUGAAUCUGGCCACAGCUCGUUACGAUGCACUUGUGGAAGCUACGACUGAAUCCGGUGAAUUAAAAGCUGAUCUUGCUGAAGCUAUAGCAUGCAAACGACGUUUACUGAAUGAAAAUGAGGAAUUACAUAGUCAACUGAAUUCAAUACGCGAAAUUCUGCUUACCAAACUACCUAAGAAGCUAGAAAACAUUGAUAUAAACCAAAUAAAUGUCAGUAGUUAUUCAUCGUUAACUUCAAAAGAUUUUGACGCGUUAAGCAGCAAGUCUGUGAACAAUUUGUCAACUUUAGAAUUGGUGAAAGUAUGGCUACAUAAAUUUUUUAGCUUUAUCUCACAAAUGUGUAAUCAUAAUUAUAUGGUUGAUAAAAAUUAUAACAUAGAAACUAAUCGUAAACAUGUGCAAUUUGUUGAUACAAGUUUAUUAUCACCUAACUCAUCGUUUUCAACUGUACAACUGAUGAGAUGUAAUCAGCCUGCAAAACAAUCAAAUCAGUCUCAAACUCAAAUUACAAAUCAGUACAGUUUCGAUAAAGAGAAUUAUGAUCAUGUUGCGAAAAUCGAUACUAGGAUUAAUGACGGUAACAUUGCUGAUGGUGACGAACAUAUUGUUGGGGAUAGUGAUGAUUCUGUUGAAUUACAAGUUAUCAGAAGAAAAAUUCAUCUAAUGAAAAUCGAUAAAGAAUAUUUUUUAAAGCAGUUAUCAAGUCUUCGUUCUCAAUUAUCAACAGCUGAAGAAAAAAUUGCCUCACAACAAAAAUUAAUCAUUGAAUUAGAAAAUAAUUCAAAUCAAAUGAAUAAGAAUACUUGUUUCGCAGGUCAAACCCAGUUACCAAUGGAUUUGAAUGAAUCUAUUAGAAAUCAAACUGGCGAAUUAAGCAAAUUGAUCCAAAAAGAAUUUGAAAGAUUAAAGUCUAUUGAUCAAGAAAUUCACAAUAAAGAAAUUACUUAUCUUCGUGAACAAAAAGAAAACGCCAUAUCUGAAUGUACACAUUUAAAAUCACAACUAAAAGAAACAGAAUGUUUGUUAAAUCAGUACAAAGAAAAGAUCGAUGAAAUGAAAAAUUCAAAUAAGUAUUUGAUCAGUGAACAUGAUAAUCAGUUGCGUGAACAAAUCAAAGCAACAAUGAUCAAUUUCGAAAUUGAACAAGCUGCCAGGAAAGAUGCAUCAUUAGAAGUUGAGAAACUUAGUGCACAAUUGGAUGUUAGUAAAAAAUUAUACUAUGAAUUAGAAUCGCGAUUCAAUCAAGAAAAAACCAUCUGGAAAAUAAAAGAGGAAAACUAUGAAAAAAAGUUACAUUUUUGUGAAACAACUGAGAAAGAAAUGAAUGAAUUGUUAUUUAAUUUACAUAAUGAUAGUUUGCAACAAUUCAACAUGCCAACAACAUCUUGUGAUUUAUAUUCUCAGCCAAAGAUAAAUACAGUUUCUUUACUCAAAAAUAUACAAGAAUUAAAAAUGAAAGUCAAUAGUCUACAGAGUGAACUUAUCAAAAAAUGUCAAGAAGUUGAAGAAUUAAACAAGAAUAUGAACUGGAAAUCUUUAGCCAGUCAACCAACUAAUUGUUUAUAUCAGACAAUAUCACAGAAAGAUAGUCAAAUCCACGCCUUACAUAACCAAUUAGCAGAUACUGAAAAAAAGUCUUUAUUGUACAAGGAAGAAAGAGAUAGACUGGCAAAUGAACGUAAUUUACUUUGUGAAGAUUUAGAACGCCUUUUAACUAGAAGACAGAGUUUAACCAGACUGCGUGAAUUCAUUUUGUCGAUAUUACAACAAAUUCAAUGUAAUCCCAAUGAUAAUUUCAACAAAUUAUGUCAACAACAAAAUACGCUUAAUUUAAAUGAGCAUAGAAUUGAUACUUCAUUAUUGGACAGAUUAAUUCUGCCGACUAGUAAUAAUUUAACGAAUACUAAUCGGAUUUCUAAUAUUCAUCAACAAGUUUAUGAUAUUAUACGUUCUCCAUAA